UCGGGGUAAUGAGGAGGACUCUGCUGCUGCUGGCCUCUCUGGCCUUUGCUUCUCUCACUUCUGUAGCUGAUGGAGCUCCACUGCAAGUGAUGUCUGCCCCAAACUUGUUGCGGGUGGGAACAGCAGAAAACAUCUUUGUGGAGUGUCAAGACUGCACUGAAGGAGACGUUAGGGUUGAAAUCAAUGUGAUGAACCAUCCAACCAAAACAAAACGGCUAGCAACAACAUCUGUGACCCUCAACAAUGAAAAUAACUUUCAGCAGCUUGGGAAAGUAACUAUCCCUGCAGGAGACUUCAGUAAAGAUCCCAACGCGAAGCAGUAUGUGUACCUACAGGCUCAGUUUCCCGACCGCCUCCUGGAGAAAGUCGUCAUGGUGUCCUUCCAGUCUGGUUACAUCUUCAUUCAAACUGACAAGACCCUUUAUACACCAAACAGCAAAGUUCAUUUCAGGAUGUUUGCACUGACACCCCAGAUGGAGCCUGUAGAGAGGGAUGAAGCAGCCCAAACUGAUGUUUCCAUUGCCAUUGAGUUUGUGACACCUGAAGGCAUUGUUUUACCACUUGAUCCAGUCUCUCUAAAAUCAGGUAUUCAUUCUGGAGAUUUCCAGCUUGGUGAAAUUGUUAGUACUGGACUGUGGAAAGUGGUGGCAAAAUUCCAGAGCAACCCACAGCAAAUCUAUUCCGCAGAAUUUGAGGUCAAAGAGUAUGUUCUUCCCAGUUUUGAGGUGAAACUGACACCAUUAACACAGUUCUUCCACGUGAACAGCAGAGAUUUCACCGUCAGAAUCAAAGCUACGUAUCUGUUUGGUCAAGAGGUGGAUGGAACAGCCUAUGUGGUAUUUGGGGUUAUCAGAAAGGACCAAAGUAAGCAGAGCUUUCCAGACUCUCUUCAGAGAGUGCCGAUUAAAAAUGGUGAAGGAGAGGUGACACUGAGGAGGGAAGACAUAACAAAAGUUGAGAGGGACAUCAACAGCCUUGUGGGGGGCGCCAUAUUUGUAUCUGUCAGUGUGCUGACAGAAAGUGGUAGUGAAAUGGUGGAGGCCGAACUGAGAGGUAUCCAGAUUGUCACAUCACCCUAUACGAUCCACUUUAAAAGAACUCCAAAAUAUUUCAAGCCAGGAAUGUCCUUCGAUGUUGCGGUUGAAGUUUUAAAUCCUGAUGAAACUCCAGCACAAAACCUUCCAGUAGUGAUUAAUCCUGGGGAAGUCAGGGGAUUCACUGCAGCUAACGGCAUGGCUCGGCUUACCAUCAAUACAGAAGGAAAUGCAGCUGAGCUGAGAAUCACUGCAAUGACCGAUGACAACAUUCUUACACCUGAUAAACAAGCAAGAGCAGAGAUGACAGCAAGACCAUACCAGAGCAAGACCAGGACUUUUAUUCACAUAGGUGUGGAUGCAGCUGAGCUCAAAAUAGGAGACAAUCUAAAAAUCAACCUCAAUCUCAACCAGCAGCCAAAUCAAAAUAAUGAUAUCACAUAUCUGAUCCAGAGCAGAGGUCAGCUAGUGAAAUAUGGCCGUUACAAGACAAGAGGCCAAGUACUGAUUUCCCUGAUACAACCAAUCACCAAAGAAAUGCUGCCAUCGUUCCGCAUCAUAGCCUACUACCAUACAAGUUCAAAUGAAGUGGUAUCAGACUCUGUUUGGGUGGAUGUAAAAGACACCUGCAUGGGCACUCUGAAACUGGAAUCCUCACGACCUGCUCCAGCUUAUGAGCCUCGCAAGAUGUUUAGUCUGAAAGUCACAGGAAAUCCAGAGGCCACAGUGGGACUGGUUGCAGUUGACAAAGGUGUCUACGUCCUAAACAACAAGCACCGCCUGACACAGAAAAAGGUGUGGGACAUAGUAGAGCAGUAUGACACAGGCUGCACACCUGGUGGAGGAAAGGACAAUAUGGGUGUCUUCUUUGAUGCUGGGCUAUUGUUUGAGUCCAACACUGAUGCAAAGACCCCAUAUAGACAAGAAAUUAAAUGCCAGCCUGCGAACAGAAAGAAACGCAACGCUGCUGUAAUGGAUGUCAGAAGCAGCUUAUUAAAAAAUUAUACAGACCCAGUAGAAUCUGAGUGUUGUCUGGAUGGCAUGAAGGAAACCCCCCUUUCAUACACCUGUGAGGUCCGCAGCGAGUACAUUGUUGAUGGUCAAGGCUGCCGUGAUGCUUUCCUGCGCUGCUGCAAGGCAGUGGAAACCCUUCGAGCAGAGAAGAGGGAGGAAGACCUCAAACUGGCUCGCAGUGAAGGAGAAGACAACAGUUUCAUGGACAGCAAUGAAAUUGUUACUCGCACCAACUUCCCAGAAAGUUGGCUCUGGUCUGAUAUCAAAUUGCCUCCUUGCCCUAGAAACACACCUAACUGUGACACCACAUCAUUUGUGAAAAAUGUUCCUUUGCAAGAUUCAAUCACAACCUGGCAGUUCACCGGCAUCAGUCUGUCAAGAACUCACGGAAUCUGUGUGGGUGAUCCAUUUGAGGUCAUUGUUAAGAAGGAUUUCUUCAUUGAUCUCAGGCUGCCUUAUUCUGCUGUCCGUGGAGAGCAGAUAGAAAUUAAAGCAAUCCUCCACAACUACAGCCCUGAUCGAAUCACUGUACGCAUUGAUUUGACUGAGGAGGAGCAUGUGUGCAGUUCAGCUUCCAAACGUGGUAGGUAUCGCCAGGAGGUCACUGUUGGGCCCGAGACCACACGAUCUGUACCUUUCGUCAUUAUUCCCAUGAAGGAGGGAGAACGGCACAUUGAGGUUAAAGCAGCUGUUAAGGACUCAUAUCUCAAUGAUGGAGUCAGGAAGAUGUUGCGGGUGGUG